UAAGGCGCAACAUAUGAAUUCCGAAACCAAAUCAAAGCGCUUCAUAUCUUUUUCCUCCCUUAUGCAGGCAGAAACGGUUGGUCCCGCGAACUGCCAUUCCACCUCUCACUUGCUCUCGGCGUGUUCUUGCACAUAUCUUGUGACUAGCUGGGGUCAGAAGGGCAGAACUACGGCAGGUUGGCGCGAGAUGGCGGACACAAACGUCACCUUCCAACAUGUUCCUCCACCCUUCACGUUUGAGAAGGACUUUGACGGCCCAGAGUUUCACCUGUGGUUCAGCAACGUCUGGAAAUCAGGGUACGUGCUGGCCGCGGCGUACGUGGUGCUGGUGUGGGCCGGUCGGUGGUACAUGGAGGAGAGACCCGCCUACAACAUGCGGUCUGCCCUGGCCAUCUGGAGCGCCUGCCUCAGCGUCUUCAGCAUUAUGGGGGCCUUGCGUUUGAAUGCGGUGUGGCUCCACGACUUCCGCGAGCGCGGCCUAACGCACAGCCUGUGUGACGGCCAUUCGCUGACUGCCCCCAUCUCAGGGUUUUGGGCUGUUGCUUUCUCACUCAGCAAAGCAGUUGAGUUUGGUGACACGUUCUUCAUCGUGGCGAGAAAGCAGAAGUUGAUCUUCCUCCACUGGUACCACCACGCGCUAACCCUGGUGGCAGUGUGGUACCAGUACGUCAACAAAACAGGCCCGGCACUGUUUUUCAUGUGCAUGAACUUCUCGGUGCAUGCGCUGAUGUACCCGUACUACACCUUACGGGCUUCUCGUGUCCGUGUUCCCAAGUCGGUCGCCAUGGUGAUAACAACCUUGCAGGUGCUUCAGAUGAUCACAGGCCUUGCUGUGAUCUUCUAUGUGUACGGCGUGGUGAAAUCCGGGCGUGACUGUGACUGGAGUGACGAGAGUUUCUACAUGAUGUUCGUGGUGUACGGCAGCUUCGCCGUGCUCUUCCUCAACUUCUUCAUGAAGUCAUACCUCUCCAAACCGGUCCGCGACAAGAAGGAAUAGACACUUCUUUAUACCCAACUCCCUCUGAUCGCAUAGUGAUUUUAGCAUCACCAAUCCCUGUCCAUUAAGUAAUGAGAACGUAUGAAUGUAAGAAUGGUUCACCAAAGUGCUUGCGAUUGUAAUAUUUCACUGUGCAUUCCAGAAAACGUAUACUAACGUUAUUAUAAAAGGACCUUAGCCUUUAUGGCUUCAUAAGCCAAUGAAGAAUAUUAUAUUGAAAUGCCUAAAAAGGAAUGUAUGUUUGAUGUUAGGUACUUGGGAUAGGUAAAGAUGAAUGUGGAGGUAAAACAUGGUUAUAGAAAUUCAUAAUAAUUAACUUUGCACGGAAGAAGAAAUAUUGUAUUGAUGGUUUAUUUUUCCGAUGAUGGUAUCCAUGACGACAAGGAGACAACAGAUGAUUGUAAAAUGACUGUUUACAAAAUGAUUAGGCUGAGUACUGUCUAUAAGUAUUAGAAAUACUUAUUUUGUUAUUGAGGCAUAUUUUAAAAAUCGCUAAGAGUAAAGAAGUAUACAUAUAAAUUGAUUUCGCCUAAACUUUCUUGACAAUUUUACAAUACCUCUUUUGUUACCAAAGUGCAAUUAUACAAUCAUGUUUUUACAGGAAUAAGAAAUUCAAUAUA